AUGCCACGUGGUGUGGACGGUCAGCCGCUUUACUUAACGCGUGACAAUUUGACCGAAAUCGACCCCGAACAGGCCCGGCAACUCGAUAUUUUUGCUCAGCUCUCUAGAACACUAACUCAGAAACAGCUUCUAGAACUUAAUACAACUGGAUUUUCUGUGUUGACGCCUAAGCAGCGGAAAAUGGUUUACGGACCGAAAUCGCCGUUCAGUGAUCCAAAAAAACUAAAGUUCUUCUUGUCUCUGGAUGAGAGCCAGAUACAUCAGCAUUUGAUUGAUGAUAUUCGAUACCUGUCGAAGGUCGAUCCAAAAACGAUUAAAAGUCGCCACAGGCGACAAGCAGUUGUGCUAUCUCCUACGCUACUUCGUGCUUUCAUAUUCGACCCGGCCGGUGUUUCAAAUCCCGCUAUACUUUCACCUAUUUUAUUAAGUUUAAUUGUUUUUUCACCAGCGAUAUUUGGUGUUGGCGUACUUAGCCCGUGGUUAUUUUUUCCGAUUAUUCUUGCACCCCGUCUUAUGAGUCCAAUGAUUUUGUCUCCAAUAGCUUUAACUCCAGUGGUUUUAUCACCUCUGAUAAUGAAUCCACUGAUACUAUCACCUGCUUGUAUGUUACCGGUCAUUUUGUCACCAACUCUUCUAUCGCCUAACAUUCUGGCACCUACAGUCCUUUGCCCCCUAAUUUUAUCACCACUGGUACUAAAUCCGUCAAUUUACUCCCCCUCUGCCGGCAACGCCAUCAUAGGCAGUCCCUAUGUGUUAUCACCGGCGGUGUGGUCCCCAGCAUAUUUAUCGAUCCAUAUUUUUUCACCGAAAGCGUUUUCGCCUUUGAUUAAUUCAACAGGAAAAUGGGUUUCACUAUAUUUUUCGCCUACAGUGUUUAGUUAA